GCCGCCGCGAAACAACUAAAGAAAAAUCCGAAAUUCGUGGCGAAGGUUUGGGAAGAGAGAAAGCUUAGCUGAGAGAUGCAAGGAGUGUGGAGCCAACUAUGGAGGAAAUACGCUGAUUAUAAGUACAACAAGUUCGAGAGAUUUGCUGUUUGGGAAAUGAUCGAACCUUACCGUCGACCAAAAACUUUCACAACUUUGAUUACUAUCUAUGUAGCCGCCUUUUACACCGGCGUCAUUGGCGCUGCAGUUACAGAGCAGCUCUACAAGGAGAAGUUUUGGGAAGAGCACCCAGGGAAAACGGUGCCUCUGAUGAAGCCAGUAUUCUAUCGAGGACCAUGGAGAGUUUAUCGCGGUGAGGCUAUUGCUUCAGAUGCUAGCAGCCAUAGAAUGCUUGUGUCUGUAUUUGGAGUUGUUCAAAUGUUCUCUAGGUCUCUGGAUUUAAGUUGGGCGAAUAUGACAACAUAUGGCACUAUACCAUCCCAAGAAAAUGCUUUGUCGAGCCUGAGCUUAUUAGGACGAGCCAAAGAAUUGAUCUUGUUAGGCCUUAGCUCUCAAAGGCCAUGGCUUGAACUUGUCCAAUGUAGUGCCUUUAGCCUUCCUAUCUCGUUUAGCGUUGCCAUGGAACGAAUCAAAACCAACAUCAUGAUCUUCCGAACCAACUACAUUGUCAUCUUCAUUGUUACUAUCUUCAUCAGCAUGCUCUGGCAACCCGUCCACCUUUCUGUCUUCUUUAUCUUGAUAGUAGCAUGGCUAUAUGUCUACUCCCGUGAUAAUGAACCAUGGGUGAUAUUUGGCAGUGUGAUCGAUGAUUCUACUUUGGUACUGGUUUUGUUGGUCCUCACGAUUGGUAUAUUUCUAUUAACAGAUGUAUCCCGUAGUAUUAUGAUCGGGGUUUUGGCUGGUUUGCCCGUUGUUAUGGUCCAUGGAAUGUGUAUGAAGACAGAGAUGUUGUUCGUCUUGGAGGAUGAUGAAGAGAAGCUGACAAUGAACACAGCAUCUUCAUCGCUUUCUUCUUCCUCUUAACAAAUGAAACACAGGAUUUCUGUUUUGGUUUCAUGUGAAACAACGCAUAAACGGUGGAGCAAAAUCAACAUGAUGCAAAAAGAUCUCUUUUGCGGCUGUUCUGGAUGCACAUAAUUCUGCUACUUCUGUAAUGAAGUCAGGAGUAAACUGGGUGGAUAUGCACAAGUAAGUCUUACUGAGAUGCUAUAUAUAUAACUCUGUUUAAGUAUGUAUGCAGAUUCAGUAAUUGGGUUUUAACUAUGUAAGCUUGUAAACUCAGUUUGCUUUGGUCCAUUUUGAUUUUUCGUCUUGUUAGGGAUAUAACUUGAAAUACAUCUCCACAUGGUUAUUUAGCUUUCUUUGUUAACUGAAACAAAUUAAUGUACAGCUU